GAAACAAGGCAUGAUUGCGGCGACGAAUUCCGCGAACGGAAUUGCAGGUGGAGCAAUCGGUGGCGCGAUGGGGGCUUCGACCUCGCCGGCCAACAUGAGCGGAUUUGUUAUCAACUGCAAAUAUAUCAUCUGAGUCUCGAAGAGUGCAAACUUGUCAUGCAGGUUUUCUAGGACCCAAGAGGUCUGGAAUGCGGGACCUAGCAUGACAGACUCGGUGAGGCCUCUGUCAUGCCUAUCCUGCAUGAGAAAUCCCCUCCCAAAUUGGUCGAAAAUGGACAGCUUUUGGCACUCAUGCAACACAGAUUUUUGCAUGGUUUGGAUUUAGCUUGACAAGUUGCAAUCAUCCAGACCCAGACAUAUUUGCAAUCCAUAUUUGUGAAGAAACAGCCAAACGCGUAUCUCUCCGCAGUUUUGUCUAGUACAGCUACUGAGGAGCAGAACAACAACAAAUAUGCAAAAAAAAAACUGUGCAAGUGUAAAUCUGUGAUGCAGAAAAUGCAAAACGGUUACAUUUGUCAUGCUCGACAUGCAUGAUUGCCUCGCUUCCUAUGUGUUUUCCUUUCCUAUCUGCGCAUAACAAGUUUUUCUUGUCAUGGCAGACAAACUUGUGAUGCUGUUUUCCCAAAAGACUCACACUAUCACAGUUUUUUUCUUGGAUAACAAACCGACAGCGUUCAGCAC